AUCAUCGGUAAAUUUGGGAAUUAAAAUGCGUUAAGAAUCCGAUAUACUCGUGGACUUAUCGAGUACUAUAAAUAUCAAACUUAACAGGCUUAGUGCUCUGCUCAUUUCUCUGUUCGAAAUUAUCAUCAAAAUCAGGGAGAGGAGAUCGAAGAAGGCGGCAUGGCGGACAUUCUCGCUGCUUUGAGGUCUCUGAUGGCUUCUCACUCUCCGCCCUUGGAUGCCUUGGCCGUCCCUUCUGAAGAUUACCAUCAGAGCGAGUACGUAUCUGCAAGGGACAAAAGGCGCGCAUUCGUUUCGGGAUUCACCGGAAGUGCUGGCUUGGCACUUAUUACCAUGAAUGAAGCACGGUUAUGGACCGAUGGACGAUACUUCUUGCAGGCAUCACAGGAGCUAAGCGACCAGUGGAAACUCAUGCGCCUUGGAGAAGACCCUGGUGUAGAUAUCUGGAUGGCAGAUAAUCUGCCAAACAAUGCAGCUGUUGGUAUUGAUCCUUGGUGCAUAUCAGUGGAUACUGCACAAAGAUGGGAGCGUGCUUUUACCAAAAAACGGCAAAAGCUGGUCCAAACAUCCACAAACUUGGUAGAUGAAGUUUGGAAAAAUCGGCCACCAGCUGAAACUAAUCCUGUCAUUAUACAGCCACUAGAAUUCGCUGGUCGUUCUGUAGCUGAUAAGUUGGAGGAUUUGAGAGAAAGGCUCAUGCAGGAGAAAGCUCAGGGUAUAAUUAUCACAGCGCUUGAUGAGGUUGCUUGGUUAUAUAAUGUUCGUGGGACUGAUGUGUCUUACUGUCCAGUUGUUCAUGCAUUUGCUAUAGUGACAUCCAAAUCAGCUUUCUUUUAUGUUGACAAGAAGAAGGUCUCUUCUGAGAUAAACUCCCAUAUGAAAGAAAAUGGAAUUGAAGUUCGAGAGUAUGGUGAAGUUAGCUCAGAUGUAGCCUUGCUUGCGUCUAAUCAACUCAGACCUUCCCCUGUAACUGAUAUAACAGAGAAUGACAUAAAUGAAGAGGAAGAAAAAACUUGUGGCUUCAUAUGGGUUGACCCUGGUUCAUGCUGCUAUGCUUUGUAUUCAAAACUGGAUUCAGAUAAGGUUGUUUUGCAGCAAUCACCUUUGGCCAUUGCAAAAGCUAUCAAGAAUCCAGUUGAGUUGGAUGGAUUAAGAAAGGCACACGUUCGGGAUGGUGCAGCUGUUGUGCAAUAUCUUGUUUGGCUGGAUAAGCAGAUGCAGGAGAAUUAUGGAGCUGCUGGUUACUUCUUGGAGGUAGAGAACAAGAACAAGAAACAACAAUCAUCGGAAACUAUGAAACUGACAGAGGUAUCUGCAAGUGAUAAGCUAGAAAGUUUUCGAGCAUCAAAAGAGCAUUUUAGAGGAUUAAGUUUUCCUACUAUUUCAUCGGUUGGUCCAAAUGCAGCUAUCAUUCAUUAUUCUCCAGAUGCAGAAACAUGUUCUGAGUUAGAUCCCGAUAGCAUUUAUCUAUUUGAUUCUGGAGCGCAGUAUCAAGAUGGAACAACUGAUAUAACUCGAACUGUUCAUUUUGGAAAACCUUCGUCACAUGAGAAAGCAUGCUAUACUGCGGUUCUCAAGGGUCAUAUCAGUCUGGGUAAUGCUCGAUUUCCUAGUGGAACCGCUGGACACACACUUGACAUUCUUGCUCGUGUCCCAUUGUGGAAGGAUGGCCUUGAUUAUCGACAUGGAACUGGUCAUGGAAUUGGAUCUUACCUUAAUGUUCAUGAAGGACCCCAUUUAAUUAGUUUCAGAACGCCUGCUCGGCAUGUGCCAUUACAAGCUUCAAUGACUGUAACAGAUGAACCUGGUUACUACGAGGAUGGGAACUUUGGCAUAAGAUUGGAGAAUGUCCUCGUAAUCAAGGAGGCUGAUACAAAAUUCAAUUUUGGUGAUAAGGGUUACUUGGCAUUUGAACACAUAACAUGGGCACCAUACCAAAAAAAGUUGAUUGACCAGAGUCUUUUAACGCCUGAAGAGAUAGAAUGGGUGAACUCCUACCAUUCCACCUGUAGAGACAUUCUGGCCCCAUACCUGGAUGAGUCAGAGAUGGCAUGGUUGAAGAGAAGUACUGAACCCUAAGUGUGUGACUCGCUCCACAUGCCCUUCUGUUCUUCCAAUAAAAUGCAUGUUAGUAUUGUCCUGGGGUAAUUCUGCUUUCUAGUUUAAUCAAGGUUAUUUAUAUACACUUGAUUUUCUUGUUUAUCUGUUUUGGAUACUCAUAUGAAUGGAUGGGAGAUUGGUAAUCCUUUUGGGAUUUUGAAUCUUUUGGUGAAUGAAGUUGAUUGUUAUGUUCCA